CAUUUCUCUUUCUCAUCGCUCUUUCUGUGUGCUUUUGUUGAACAAGUUUCGACUCACAGAGCCUGCGACUUGGCACCAAACCGAGGGCCAAACCGAAAAGGGGGAAAUCCAAAAUCGAUGAGCCCAUGAACAGAUUCAGCUUCGAAUUGGACAUUAAAUUGAAGCUACCACUGGUAAUUUUCUUCCGAUUCAAUUCAAUUUCAACCAUGAUUCGCUGAAUGGAUUUCUGUUCUUUGAUUCUGCACCAAUGUCGGUUUCGCAAGCCCUAGGUGGCAAGUCCAGAUGCGGCCGUGCGAUCGGCCCUUCCCUCGAUAAGAUUGUCAAGAACGCGGCCUGGCGUAAGCAUUCUCACCUUGUUUCCUCUUGCAAAUCCGUUCUCGAUAAGCUUGAUUCUAUUUCGGAAGCUUCUCUUGAUCCUGCUUCCCCGAUUUCUGGCCUUUCACCGGCUGAUGCGGAGUUUGUGCUCCAACCGCUCCUUUUGGCCCUCGAUGCCGCCUACGUCAAGGUUGCUGAGCCCGCGCUUGAGUGCGUCUUCAAAUUGUUCUCCCGCGGUCUAUUCCGUGGCGAGAUCGAGAGGCCGGAUGGCGAGGCGAAUUCUGGUGCUAGUUCCAUUGUGUUUAGGAUCGUUGAGUCUGUGUGCAAGUCGGGAGGUCUUGGUGAUGAAGGAAUUGAGCUCACUGUUCUCAGGGUGUUGCUCUCUGCGGUUCGAUGCCCUUGUGUAUUGAUCCGCGGGGAUUGUUUGGUUAAUGUUGUUCGGACUUGUUACAAUGUGUAUCUCGGUGGCUUGAGUGGUACGAAUCAGAUCUGUGCAAAAUCCGUUCUAGGUCAAAUAAUGAUCAUUAUUUUCAGUAGGAUGGAGGAAGACUCCAUGGAUGUUCCUGCGAGUAUAAUUUCUGUGAAUGAAUUAUUGGAAUUUACCGACAAGAACUUGAAUGAAGGCAAUUCUAUAUAUUUUUGCCAGAACUUUAUUAAUGAGGUAAUGGAUGCCAGCGAAGGGGUUGCGGAUAAGAAACUAUUUUCAAGUUGGGGACAAUUGCAGAAUGGCAAUGCUUCGCCACUUAAAGCUGACAAUAAAGGUGAAUCUGAUGUGGGAGAAACGGAAGAUGUAGCCGAAUCAGGUGGUUGUAGUAAGAUUAGGGAGGAUGGAUUUCAUUUGUUUAAGAAUUUGUGUAAGUUGUCAAUGAAAUUCUCAUCCCCGGAGCACCCAGAUGAUCAGAUCCUCUUAAGGGGCAAAACACUGUCUCUGGAACUGCUAAAGGUGAUUAUGGAUAAGGCAGGGCCAGUUUGGCGCCUUAACGAGAGGUUUCUCAAUUCUAUCAAGCAGUUUCUUUGCUUAUCAUUAUUAAAAAACAGUGCCCUGUCGGCAAUGGCCAUCUUCCAGAUUCAAUGUUCUAUUUUUAUGAGCUUGUUGACAAAAUUUAGAUCAGGACUGAAAGCAGAAAUUGGUAUCUUUUUUCCCAUGCUUGUCCUCCGAGUGCUUGAGAAUGUACUUCAGCCUAGUUUCUUGCAGAAAAUGACCGUGCUCAAUUUAUUGGAUAAGAUAUCUCAGGAUUCACAGAUUAUGGUGGAUAUUUUUGUCAACUAUGAUUGUGAUGUUGAUUCUCCAAAUAUUUUCGAGAGGAUUGUGAAUGGCCUUUUGAAAACUGCUCUUGGACCGCCUUCUGGUUCAACCUCAACAUUGUCUCCAGCACAAGAUAUUACAUUUAGGCAUGAAUCUGUUAAGUGUUUGGUAAGCAUCAUUAAAUCAAUGGGAACUUGGAUGGACCAACAACUGAAGCUGGAUGAUACAUAUUUUCUCAAGACUUCUGAGAGUGAUGUUUCACUUGAGAAUUGUUUAAGUGGGGAAGAAACAGCUGCUGUUGAUUCUGAGCUCCAUCCUGAUGGAAAUCCUGAGUUCUCAGAUGCUGCUACACUUGAGCAACGCAGAGCUUACAAAAUCGAGCUCCAGAAAGGUAUUUCGCUGUUCAACAGGAAACCUUCCAGGGGUAUUGAGUUUCUGAUUAGCACAAAAAAAGUUGGUGGUUCUCCUGAAGAGGUGGCGUCUUUUCUCAAGAAUACUAACGGCCUGAAUGAAAGAGUCAUUGGAGAUUAUUUGGGUGAAAGGGAGGAAUUCCCUUUGAAAGUUAUGCAUGCUUAUGUUGAUUCAUUUAAUUUUAAAGCGAUGGACUUUGGUGAAGCAAUAAGGUUUUUCCUGCGAGGCUUCAGGUUACCCGGAGAGGCCCAAAAAAUUGACCGUAUCAUGGAGAAGUUUGCUGAGCGGUACUGUAAAUGUAGCCCUGGUUCAUUCACAAGUGCAGAUACUGCUUAUGUUCUUGCUUAUUCUGUUAUUAUGCUGAACACAGAUGCUCAUAAUAACAUGGUGAAAGAUAAGAUGACGAAAGCUGAUUUUAUCCGGAAUAAUCGAGGAAUUGAUGAUGGCAAAGAUUUACCUGAUGAGUAUCUGGGUGCUCUUUACGAUCAGAUUGUUAGGAAUGAAAUUAAGAUGAAUUCUGAUUCUUCAGCUUCACAAAGUAAGCAGGCAACUAGCAUCAACAAACUUUUGGGCUUAGAUGGUAUACUCAAUCUAGUUUCUUGGAAGCAGACAGAAGAAAAAGCUGUGGGUGCAAACGGGCUUCUUAUAAGGCACAUACAGGAGCAGUUUAAGGCGAAGUCUGGAAAAUCUGAGUCUGUUUAUCACGCUGUGACUGAUGUAACAAUAUUGAGGUUUAUGGUGGAAGCCUGCUGGGGUCCUAUGUUGGCGGCAUUCAGUGUGACUCUUGACCAAAGUGAUGAUAAGCUUGCUACUUCUCAAUGCUUACUAGGCUUUCGGUUUGCUGUACACGUUACAGCCGUUCUGGGUUUGCAGACUCAAAGGGAUGCUUUCGUGACAUCAAUGGCUAAGUUUACCAAUCUUCAUUGUGCUGCCGAUAUGAAACAAAAAAAUGUUGAAGCUGUGAAGGCUAUAAUUUCUAUUGCCAUAGAGGAUGGUAAUUUCCUUCAAGAGGCAUGGGAGCACAUAUUUACAUGUCUCUCUAGAAUUGAGAACUUACAAUUAUUGGGAGAGGGUGCACCACCGGAUGCGUCAUUUUUGACAUCAUCCAAUAUUGAAACUGAAGAGAAAGUGCUGAAGUCGGCAGGUCUGUCAUCUCUGAAGAAAAAGGGAGGUCUUCAAAAUCCAGCUGUUAUGGCUGUUGUUCGUGGAGGUUCAUAUGACAGCACCUCUCAUGGAGCGAAUACUCCAGGACCAGUAACUCCUGAACAGAUUAACCAUCUUAUUUCAAACUUGAAUUUGCUGGAUCAAAUAGGCAAUUUUGAGUUGAACCACGUAUUUGCUCAUAGUCAAAGUUUGAACAGUGAAGCAAUAGUAGCAUUUGUGAAGGCCCUAUGCAAAGUUGCUAUUGCAGAAUUGCAGUCUCCAACAGACCCACGUGUGUUCAGCCUCACUAAAUUAGUUGAAGUGGCGCAUUACAACAUGAACCGCAUCCGAUUGGUGUGGUCUCGCAUGUGGAGUGUUCUCUCUGAUUUCUUUGUGUCAGUUGGCUUAUCAGAGAAUCUAUCGGUUGCAAUAUUUGUGAUGGAUUCACUGAGGCAGCUUGCGAUGAAGUUUUUGGAGCGUGAGGAGCUUGCAAAUUAUAACUUCCAGAAUGAAUUUCUGAGACCUUUCGUAAUUGUUAUGCAGAAAAGCAACUCCACGGAAAUCAGGGAAUUAAUAGUUCGGUGCAUUUCGCAAAUGGUUCUCAGUCGUGUCAACAAUGUCAAAUCUGGAUGGAAAAGUGUUUUUAUGGUUUUCACUGCUGCUGCUGCUGAUGAGCGGAAGAAUAUUGUCUUAUUGGCUUUUGAAACGAUGGAAAAAAUAGUUCGAGAAUAUUUUCCUUAUAUAACAGAGACUGAAACUACAACAUUUACCGAUUGCGUUCGGUGUCUCAUCACUUUCACAAAUAGUAGAUUUAACAGUGAUGUCAGUCUCAAUGCCAUUGCGUUCCUUCGGUUUUGUGCUGUAAAGCUUGCAGAAGGGGGACUUGUUUGCUACGAGAUGACUGGAGAUAAUGUUUCAUCCAAUACUCCUGAUGCACCCCCAUCCAUACCCGUACCCACAGAUAAGGACGAUUAUGCUUCCUAUUGGGUUCCUUUACUUGCAGGGCUAUCAAAGUUAACUUCUGAUCCUAGAUCACCAAUCAGAAAAAGUUCCUUGGAAGUACUUUUUAAUAUCCUAAAAGAUCAUGGCCAUCUUUUCUCGCGUCAGUUUUGGGUUGGUGUUAUCAAUACCAUAGUUUUCCCCAUAUUUAGUUCUUUGCAUGACAAGAAAGAAAUGGACGAGGAUGAAAAUGAUGAAUAUUCAGAAGGAACUACAUGGGAUUCUGAUACCUGUACAGUGGCGGCAGAUUGUUUAGUAGAUCUGUUCAUUAGCUUUUUCAAUGUUAUAAGGUCUCAACUACCCGGGGUGGUGUCGAUUCUGACAGGAUACAUUAGGAGUCCGAUCCAGGGUCCUGCCAGCACGGGUGUUGCUGCAUUAAUGCGUUUGGCAGGCGACUUGGGUAACAGGCUUACCGAAGAUGAAUGGAGAGAGAUUUUUCUUGCUUUGAAGCAAGCUGCCACAUUAACCGUGCCUGGGUUUAUGAAGGUCCUGAGAACCAUGGAUGACGUCAAUGUUCUUGGGAUCGCUCAAUCUUAUUAUGAUGUGGAUGUGGCUUCUGAUCAAGGUUUGUCGGCUGAUGGUCUUGACGACGACGAUCUGCAGAUGGCGUCCUACAUUGUUUCGAGGAUGAAGAGUCAUAUCGCAAUGCAACUCCUCAUCAUACAGGUCAUUACUGAUCUGUACAAGAGCCAUACCCAACCUUUCUCAGAAGCCAACAUUUCCAUCAUUCUGGAUAUCUUCUCUUCCGUUGCUACACAUUCCCAGAAACUGAAUUCCAACACAGUCCUUCAUAAGAAGCUACAGAAAGCUUGCUCCAUCCUCGAGAUUUCCGACCCACCCGUGGUUCACUUCGAAAACGAGUCUUAUCGGAGCUACCUCAACUUCCUCCAAAAUAUGCUCGCGGAAAGUCCUUCACUGACUAACGCAACUCUCGUAGAAUCCGAACUGGUCGUAGUUUGCGAACAAAUUUUGCAUAUUUACUUGAAGUGUACAGGGGUGCCGAGUGAGAAGAAAGAACCCAACCAGCCUGUGCUACAUUGGAUUCUUCCAUUGGGCUCAGCAAAGAAGGAAGAGGUGGCUGCUCGUACAUCUCUAGUCGUCUCGGCGUUGGAGGUUAUCCGCCGGUUCGAAAGGGACCUAUUUAAAAGGUGUGUUCAACGGCUUUUCCCAUUGUUGGUAGAUCUUGUUAGGAGUGAACAUAGCUCUGGAGAAGUUCAGCUUGUUUUGAGCAGCAUAUUACAAUCAUGUAUAGGCCCAAUAAUUAUGCAAUAAUAAGCAUUUUUUCCAUUGUAAAUCAAUCUAUAACUAGGUGGCUUGAGGAUGGAAGCAGCAGCCAAAUUGUUUUGUAGAAUAUACCAAAAUCCCAAUUUUUUUGCCUAGUGGAGAGUAUGUAUGUGCUAGUAUUGAUGAUACAUAAUGUUGAGAAGUUUUUUUUUUUUUUU